AUGCAGUUCUCUACAUUAGCCGGUUUAGCUACCCUUGCAACUUCUGCAGCUGCAGCACUCACUCCAAUCACGAUCCGUGGAAAUGCGUUCUACUCUGGAAACACUCGUUUCUAUGUCCGUGGUGUCGAUUACCAGCCCGGAGGGGCAUCAGAUCCAAAGGAUCCCCUUGCGGAUACUGCGAUCUGUGGUCGUGACAUCCCGGCUAUGAAAGAGUUGGGAUUGAACGCCAUCCGUGUCUAUAUUAUAGACAGUGCAGCGAAUCAUGAUGAGUGCAUGAAGAUGCUCGAUGAUGCCGGCAUCUACCUCAUUUUGGAUGUCAAUACACCCACGCACUCUAUCACCCGGAAUGACCCUGCCAUCUCCUACAAUGAAGUUUACUUGCAGCACGUCUUCGGAACCAUGGAUGUCAUGAGCAAAUAUUCCAACUUGAUGGCAUACUUCGCCGGCAAUGAAGUCGUCAACGAAGAAUCUAAUACAUACGCCGCCACCUACGUAAAGGCUACAGUUCGUGACAUGAAGGCUUACCAAAAGGCCCGCAAUUUGAGAGCCAUCCCAAUCGGCUACUCUGCCGCAGAUGUCGCUCAAAACCGCCAAUUUAUUGCCGAAUACAUGAACUCUGGACCGGAUGCCGAGCGUGUUGACUUCCACGCCUUCAAUGACUACUCUUGGUGCGGCGCUGCCAGUUCGUACCUGAUUUCUGGUUAUGAUCAAAAGGUCAAGAAUUAUACCGAUUACGGUAUUCCCGCUUUCUUGUCUGAAUUCGGAUGUAACACCAAUCCUCCAAGACAAUUCAAAGAAAUUGAAUCGAUUUACCAUACCAAUAUGACCGGGGUCUUCAGUGGCGGUCUUGUAUUUGAAUGGACUCAAGAAGAAAAUAACUUUGGCCUCGUCGAAGUUUCUGAUGAUCUCAAGACAAUUGAGCCUCUGGUCGACUAUGAUAACUUGAAGGAAAUGUACGAAAAGAUUGCAAACCCAACCGGAGACGGUGGUGCCACUGUCACUUCAGGCGAAGCCUCCGAAUGUCCAUCCCGUAUCCCCGGUGUAUGGGACGCCGAGUGCAGUCUUCCAGCUAUGCCCCGCAGAGCAGAAGGUUACCUCAAGAACGGUGCCGGUGAACCCCUCGGUCUCGACGGCCCAAGCAACCAAUGGAGUGGUCCCGCCCCUCCACCCAGUGAAACCGAAACUGGAGGACCAGCCGAGGCUACUACUACAUCGCCAAAUGCUGCUCCCGGAAUCAUUCCAUCCUUGAACUUUGUGAUGAUCGGAUCGAUCAGCUCGAUAGUGAUUGCUGGCCUCUUGGGUGGAGCUGCUCUUUUGUAA